AGCUCUUUAUGUCGCAAAGCAUUGUGGGACGGGACGCCGGUGUGAAGCUUCUCGAAGGAAACUGCAAAGAUGAUGCCCACACCAGUUAUCCUGCUGAAGGAGGGGACAGAUACGUCUCAGGGUAUUCCCCAGCUCAUCAGUAACAUCAAUGCCUGCCAGGUGAUUGCUGAGGCGGUCAGGACCACCCUUGGGCCCAGGGGGAUGGACAAACUGAUGGUGGAUAGCAGAGGUAAGGCCACAAUCUCCAACGAUGGAGCCACCAUCCUGAAACUGCUGGAUGUGGUUCACCCUGCGGCCAAGACCCUGGUGGACAUCGCUCGCUCCCAGGAUGCUGAGGUCGGAGACGGCACCACCUCCGUCACUCUCCUGGCUGCUGAGUUCCUGAAGCAGCUCAAGUCGUACGUGGAGGAGGGUCUCCACCCCCAGACCAUCAUCAGAGCAUUCCGCACCGCCACCCACCUCGCUGUCAGCAAGAUCAAUGAGAUCGCCGUCCCUGUGAAGAAAGACGACAAGAAAGAGCAGAGGCAGCUGCUGGAGAAAUGUGCAGCCACAGCCCUGAACUCCAAGCUGAUUGCUGGUCAGAAGGAUUUCUUUUCCAAAAUGGUGGUGGACGCCGUCAUGUCUCUGGACGAGCUGCUGUCUCUGAAGAUGAUUGGCAUCAAGAAGGUCCAGGGAGGAGCCCUUGAGGAUUCCCAUUUGAUCUCUGGGGUUGCGUUCAAGAAGACCUUCUCCUACGCCGGGUUUGAGAUGCAGCCUAAACGCUACGACAAUCCAAAGAUUGCUUUGCUCAACGUGGAGCUGGAACUGAAGGCUGAGAAGGAUAACGCUGAAGUCCGCGUGAAAAAUGUGGAGGAUUACCAGGCCAUUGUGGACGCAGAGUGGAACAUCCUGUACGACAAACUGGAGAAGAUCCAUCUGUCAGGAGCCAAGGUGGUUCUGUCCAAGUUGCCCAUCGGCGAUGUGGCCACCCAGUACUUCGCUGACAGAGACCUGUUCUGUGCUGGCAGGGUGCAGGAGGAGGAUCUGAGGAGGACCAUGAUGGCCUGCGGUGGCUCCAUCCAGACCUCAGUAGGAGCCCUGACAGAAAACGUCCUGGGACAGUGUGAACUCUUCGAGGAGGUCCAGGUUGGAGGAGAGAGGUAUAACUUCUUCAAGGGCUGUCCCAAGGCGAAGACGUGCACCAUCAUCCUGAGGGGCGGAGCAGAACAGUUCACGGAGGAGACGGAGCGAUCACUGCACGACGCCAUCAUGAUCGUACGCAGAGCCAUCAAGAAUGACUCCGUUGUAGCGGGCGGAGGAGCCAUAGAGAUGGAGCUGUCCAAGUACCUGCGGGAUUAUUCCAGGACCAUCCCUGGAAAACAGCAGCUGCUGAUCGGAGCGUACGCCAAGGCCCUGGAGAUCAUUCCCAGACAGCUGUGCGACAACGCCGGCUUCGACGCCACCAACAUCCUGAACAAACUGCGCGCCAAACACGCACAGGGCGGUAUGUGGUACGGUGUAGAUAUCAACAACGAGGACAUUGCAGACAACUUCGUCGCCUGCGUCUGGGAGCCAUCUAUUGUGCGGAUCAAUGCGCUGACGGCGGCGUCAGAGGCGGCCUGCCUCAUCCUGUCGGUGGACGAGACCAUCAAGAACCCACGCAGCAGUAUGGAUGGACCUCCUGGCGGCGGCAGGGGCAGAGGGCGCGGUAGACCCCACGCUCACUAAGAGAAGCAACAAAACCCACUUAUAAACUGGCAUUAAAAUCCAAAUGCAGGAAGAGGAUUGUCUUCAUUUACACAGAGAUGCAAAGAUUGUGUUGAAUGUAGCACGGCAUGUUUGAACUGCAUUUGGAUUUGAAUUCUAGAUCAAAUUAGGCUUUGUUAACAGUCAGACACAUUGCAAAUGGCAGUGGUGAAACAAAUAAAAGGGGGGAAAUGAGAAGUUCAUGUGUCAAAUAUGGCUGACAGUUCUUGUGUUUUCUUUGUUUUUUCUUCCUGAAGCUUUCACUUGGUAACGUCUGUUUAGCAUUUCAAGCACUGCAUCUUUCCAUGUGUUAGCCAUUUUACUGAGAAAUGAUAUUGAAAUACAAGAAGAAUGAUGUUAGUUCCCCCCCUUGCUUUUGUAUCAAACACACUCCUGUUCGCUCCAAGUUAGCUCUUCCACUCUGACCUGAAGCAGCUGUUCCAUCAUUUCUAAUCUGGAUUUGUGUUAUGUGACAAACUGAUGUGUAACAUGUGAAGUAGAGCACUGAUGUUAGGCAGUUCUGAACCAUUCAUUGGUUGGGCUGUGUGAAACUAUUUAUUGGACCAUUCUUAUCAAUAAAUUCACAGCUGAAAUCGUA